AGCGCAGGGCUCAAACUCUGGCAAGCUCCGGCGUACUCUCCUCAAGCCAUGGACGCCACGAUGGGCAGCAUCGCCCCUACGGGGCUCAAGGGCAAGCUGGCGGCCUUGGAGGACUUCAUCUCGAUGCAAAACGAGGAGUUGGCCGCACAGCGGCAGGAAAUCGAGAGUCUUCGUGGCGACAAGGCUGGCAUCGAGGAACACUAUCAGGGUCAACUUCAAGAGCUCAAGAAGACGAUGGUCGGAGACGUCCAGCGCUUGCAGGACGAGGUGAAAAGGCACUUUGCGCAGCAAAAGGCGGAGAACAGCCGUCUUCAACAGCAGAUCACCACCUUGAAGGGCGAGAAGACGUCUCUGCAGCAGCAGAUCCUGGGCUUGCAGAGGCGCAUCCAGGAGAUCGAGGAGCAGGUGGGUGCCGACUAGAAUGCGACGCUUUGCCGCAGUCAAUUGAAUUGGCAGCGGCCUGAACUAAAAAAGGGCGUGACGAAAAGUUCGUCGGGUUUCACCUCUGGGGACUCAAACCCCUGCGGUGCUAUGGCAACUCAAACCGAGCGCAGGGGGUCUGAUGAUCUGCUGCAUGGGUCUCACGAUUCACGGGCUCUGCCCCGGGCGCAUGGAGCUUUGCUUUCCGCACUGAGAGGAAUUGCGCGACACC